GGGGAAAGGAAGAGAUUGGCAUCCCAAAGAACCAAUCGGAGUCCGGGAAUUUGGCUCAGCGAAUGACGAAAGGCGGCUAAGGCAUUGCUUCCCUCGCCAUGUCGCAGCAACGUGUCCUCCCUCAGAGCAAAGAAACGCUCCUUCAGUCCUACAACAAGAGGCUGAAAGAUGAUAUCAAGUCCAUCAUGGAUAACUUCACGGAGAUCAUCAAAACCGCCAAGGUUGAAGAGGAAACCCAAGUAUUGCGAGCCACCCAAGGCGAACAGGAUAACUACGAGAUGCAUGUCAGGGCCGCAAACAUAGUCCGUGCUGGCGAGUCUCUCAUGAAGCUGGUCUCCGACCUGAAGCAGUUUUUGAUCCUGAACGACUUUCCUUCGGUCAACGAAGCCAUCAACCAGCGCAAGCAGCAGCUGCACGCGCUGCAGGAGGAAUGCGACAAGAAGCUGAUCGCGCUGCGCGACGAGAUCUCUGUCGACCUGUACGAGCUGGAGGAAGAAUAUUACUCUUCCAGCUACAGCCUCUAUGACGCCAACGACCUUCCGCUGUGCGAAGCAUACUGGAGGCAAGAUGCCGCCGCGCCGUCCCCCGAGGGCGUUUACGUGCCUCUCGCAGCUGCAGCGAUGGAGGCCAACGUUUCGGUUCCACAGGGCUCCACGCCUUCGCACGGCCACCUCAACGGCCACGGAGCGGGACCGCCGGAGCACGCAUGAAAGGGAUCCGGGCUCUCCUCGCCGUUGUUCGGAAAGACGCCAGCCAUUGGGUUGAGUGGACGCUCUCCAGCCUUCCUGGGACCUCUUCGGCCAUCUACGCCCCCCACCCCACCCCGCUAAUCAUCAUCUUCCACUUUGGCCGGAGCAGAGAGAGAGCCUUGAACACGGGAUGCUCAACCGCCAAGAGGCAAAGUUGAUACCCCUAUAGUCAUCUUCUACCAGUUCAGUUUGAUAAGCUAUGACCCGGGAUCGUAUCCUGCAAAUACUUUUUUUCUCUUUUUUUGCAAAUGUUGAUGUCCUUUGGCCACGCCUCUCUAAUGACCGUCUGCUGCAUGUUGAGUUUUUUUCCAGACGACUCAAGUCCCAUUUGCAUCCGGGUAGUGUCUCCGAUCGGAGCAGGUGGGUUUGGGGAAAUGCCCUGCCAAGUGUUUCUGGACAGGGCCCUCAAUAUGGCAGUCCAUGAAGCGAAAUCUAGGCUGUUUGAAAGCAAUGCAAAAAUUCUGAUACACAGGUAAGGUUGCCAACUUUUUUCAGAACACGGCCAAAGAUCCCGAAAAAUCCACAACAACCAUUAGAUCCGGGCCGUGAAAGCCUUCACAAAUGCAUUGGCAACUUUUUUCCUGCUCCGAUGCCUUAGCAGUGACUCGGCAUGCCUAUUGCAUCACCCAGCGUUUAGCGCUCGCUGGAAAAAUAUCUCUACGUGUUCCUGUUGAAGGCAGAUGAGCAGGACCGAUUAAGCUGAAAUGUGGCCAGUUUAGAAGUGUAUUUAACAUCCAAGUUCAACCUGGCCGUUAACUUGGAACUGUGUGUUUAAGGUGCUUUAUUGUCCUUCUUAGGGGUAACGUUUUGUCUCAUCUAAAGGCAUUUUUUUCCUCCUUAUUGUAACUAGACGGUCGAAUAAAGCUGUAGGU